AUGUCGGUAACACCUAGUCAUUUCCCACUGAAUGGGACAAGCCUCUUUACUGAAAAUCAUGGCAUUAUGGAUAUAACCAAUGGACAGAGAACUUUGAAUAUCUUUCUUUUUUGCUUGACGUUUAUAAUUACGCUCACUACCCUGCUGGGCAGCAUUUAUUCACUAGUUUCCUUACUGAAAAUUCAAAACAAAACCACACUUUCAAUGAUUGUGACUUCCUUGUCUGUGGAUGAUUUGAUAAGCGUGGUGCCAGUGACUAUCUUUAUGCUCAUGCAGUGGUCAAGCGAGGCACUCCCCCAGACUCUGUGCACCACAUCAGCGCUGCUUUAUUUAUUUCAGGGCAUUUCUAGCAAUCUGAAAGGUACUCUUAUAGUUUCUUACAACUUCUACACAAUCAACAAAACUGUGAUGUGGAGUCAGCGGACCUCCAAACAGCCAGUGGGCAUGAUAUGGGCCAUUCUCACUAUCUGGAUUGUCAGCUUGCUGGUGUGCAUUUUGCCUCUCUGUGGUUGGGGCACCUAUGUCCCCACCUCUUGGGGUUGCCUCACAGACUGCACCAGUUCCUAUGUCCUGUUUUUAUUCAUUGUCUACUCGCUGUGCUUCUGCCUCCUCACCGUGCUUUCUGUCCCUCUAACUUACCAACUGUUGUGCUCAGAUGAGCAACAGCGUCUUUAUGUCGAUUACCAGGAAAUCACCCGAGGCUAUUUCACCCCUGGGACGCCCCCAGUCUGUAGCACCGCCCUAUCCCUUUCUCCGGAGGACCCUGUGGAUAAAACCCUGAAGCAUUUCCGAAACGCCUGCCCCAGCUCGGAGAUAGUAUUCAGGCAAAGCCCAGCUGAGAGCUGUGGGCUGGACUCCCAUUGCACAAACAGUGUGCAGAGCAGGAGCUUCACUGUGGAGUUUGCUCAGAAACGAUUCUCGCUGAUUCUUGCGUUGACCAAAGUCAUUCUCUGGCUUCCAACAAUGAUACAGAUGGCUGUCCAGCACAUAGUUGGUUUUCAAAGCCUUUCCUUUGAGACAUUCAGUUUUCUGCUGACUUUACUAGCUGCCACGGUCACCCCUGUGUUUGUUUUGUCAGAACGCUGGAUCCACCUGCCCUGUGGCUGCAUCAUUAACUGCAGGAGGAAUGCAUAUGCCAUUUCUUCCGAAGAAAGGAAAACAAAAAGGAGGGGUUUUGAAUUCAACCUAUCAUUCCAACAAGGUUAUGGAAUCUACAAGAUAUCCCAUGAAAACCACCACCAUGAUGACGAUGGUGAUGAUAACUCUAUAUCAUAUCACAACCUGAUGAACUAUGACUGUGAAAACACACAAGAAUCUCAGAAAGAUAGCAACAAAAUCCUUAAAUCUGCCAAAAUUGAGUUCAGCACCAUACCCAUAGAGGAUAGCUCCAUGUUUAAAGAUUUCAACAAGGGCAAAAGUAUGGAGACUAAACAAGAACUUGGCAAGGACAAAAGCAUGGACUGUCUUCUUUCUGACAAACUAGGAGCCUUUAAAAGAGAGGAGGUCAGAAACUUUGACAAAUCAACAUUUUUUGAAGCACAGGAAAGAAGGCUGUCUCAUGAGGAGAGCCGUAAACCAGAACUCUCAGAUUGGGAGUGGUGCAGAAGCAAAUCUGAAAGGACUCCUCGUCAGCGCUCAGGUGGGGCCUUAGCUAUUCCUUUAUGUGCAUUUCAAGGGACUGUAUCUCUCCAUGCACCCACGGGAAAAACACUCUCUUUAUCUACCUACGAGGUAAGCACUGAAGGGCAAAAAAUAACACCCACAUCAAAGAAAAUUGAAGUAUAUCGAUCAAAGAGUGUUGGUCAUGAGCCAAACCCUGAGGAUUCUCCUACUACAUUUGCAGACACAAAUGUUAAAAUUCAUUUAGAAGUUCUUGAAAUUUGCGACAAUGAAGAGGCCAUGGAUACUGUAUCAAUCAUCAGUAAUAUCAGCCAGUCCUCUACCCAGGUCAGAUCCCCGUCCUUGCGUUAUUCACGGAAAGAAAACAGGUUUGUUUCAUGCGAUUUAGGAGAAACUGCUUCCUACUCUCUCUUUAUACCAUCAAACAAUCCUGACAGCGAUAUUAACAUAUCAAUUCCAGACACUGUUGAAGCUCAUAGGCGGAAUAGUAAAAAGCAGCAUAUGGAGAGAGAUGGUUAUCAGGAAGAAAUACAAUUGUUAAAUAAAGCAUACAGAAAAAGGGAAGAAGAUGGCAAAAGCAAUUAA